AUGAUUGAGCUCUCAUUGCGGUCUUUUCUCAGCGAGUUCAAUGGAUCGUAAGUUGCUUCAUUUAGUUUGCUGUAAUUUAGGUUGGAAAUCAGGUGAUUUCGAGGGGUAUUUUGCAAGAAAAUUGAUGUAUAUUAACAUAGAUAUAAGGAUCAAGAACUUUUGUUUGUGUCUGUCGGAUAACAAAGAAUUAUGAUGUUUCAGUAAAUUCGUGGUCUUCUUUUGCCUUCUCUUGUUCUCCUUGCUCUGUGCGUUGAAGUUAGAUGGAACGUUGGACGUUAAUUGGAUCGUCAUUUUCGGACCAAUAUGGUUUGGCGAAAUUAUUGUCCUGACUGGAUUUUUCAUUGGCGUUGUGGGAUUCUGCGCUCAGCCACCGUCGAGGUAUGUCUUUUCCGCUUUAUUCUUAAUUUUUUAGGCCUUGAAAUAACCAGAAAUUUGUGUUACACUUGUCUAUUCAGAUACGACAAUGCCAGUAGAAUCGACUUUGUCUGCAUGUGUCUGACAACGAUUCAGCAUCUGUUCCUCAUUGCCUUUGCCGUCCUAUGCGUCUACAAGCUGGAAUUUGCCCCUAACGACAAGGAAUUUACCUGGAGUUUGGCUUGUCUCCCGCUGUUUAUUGAGAGUAUUGUGGCGAUGGUAAUCGCAGUUUGGUCGGUACGAAAUGAUCGAACCUUCGAAUUUGAGAUGUUCUUUGCCAUCAAUGUGGUUCAAUUUGUUUUCAUCGCUUUUAAAAUGGACGAUACAUUGAGGUGGAAUUGGGUCGUGGUGUUUGUCCCAACUUGGGUGUUAUUUUCAUUAGGAGUAAUUGGAACAUUGUACUCGUUACUGCUCUCAGUAUUCCUUACACGGUCUUUGCACGCCCUGCAGCAACAUCGAAGGGCUCAAGUGAGUUUUAAUCCAAAAUUUUGCUGAAAUUAUAUUAUUCAAUGGGGGACCUGAUCCAGUGGCAAAAAAACAUGCCAUUUUGCAUCCGGGAAGUAUCAAAAAUGUGGCAAAAUGCUUCCCUCUCAAAGUAAAAAACUUCGUUUUGAGGAGCGCGCUUUUGAAAUCGGAGUUUUUUCGCUUGGAGAGGGAGGUAUUUUGCCACAUUUUUGAUACUUCCCGGAUGCAAAAUGGUACGUUUUUCGCCACUGGAUCAGGUCCCCCACUGUACCUUCCCUAAAGUAAUAUAAUUCUUAAGGUGUAUGUGUCCGCUUGCCACCUGAUCCUUGCCGUCCCUCUCAUCACUUUCUUUGUCCUGCUGACCGCCCGAUUGGAUGCUUUCAGGUGGAUGGCAAUCCCUCCACCAGCAACAGCGCAUCAUCUUGCGACCCCGGCACCUCAAUUAAUCGAUCUGGCUACAACCCUGAUGCCCCUGGCCUCCCAACAAUUGAUGAAUGGCCCUCUGGUGGCGCCUAAUUUGAUGCCCACACCUCCGCCGCGGAUCAUCUCCGCCACAUAUCCGUUGGAUAUUCAACCCGAACACUUGAGUUUCACAAUGCUCUCGAUCCCACUGUACAGCGCAUUGUUCCUCCUGAUUUUGAUGACGUUCGGAUCACCGUCGGGGAAUUCGUGGUGGUUUGGGAUGAGAACUCCCUUCUGCAACUUCAUCUUUGACGCCUUCCCCUUCCUAAGGCAAUAUGCCAACAUCUCGUAUAGAAUCGGUGUGUCGGAUCAGCAGGUCGCCAGGCCCAAUGAAGACAGCGGAACCGCGUAUAGCGGCCCUCCCCGAACAUUAAGCACCAUCCGGAUGACCACUCAUUUGUGGAGCAUCGAGACUCCUGAUUAG